AGCAGUACAAGCAAGCCAUGAUUUUUAGCCUUAAGUUGACACUUGCAAAUAAACUCUAUUCUAAUUUGAACCACCAAACUAUCAAGUUGAGUUUUACUCCCACUACACAAUAGUUUUUGGCGACGAGAUUUUUAACGAAGUCACGCAAAGUAUCGGUAGCAGAAUGAGUCCCGAAUUCGAAGCAAGCCUUCUAAGGAUUCUGGAGAACCAAGGAAGAAUUCUUCAAGAACUUUCCGCUUCAAGAUCCGUAGCAGGUCCAUCAGUUGGCGGAGGCGACGGUAAUCUGCAGUCCAACCAGCAGCAUCCGGAGGACCCACGUCGGCAGAAUCAGACGGAGUUCCUGAUCGAGUCCCUGUCAAGCAGCAUCAGUGAAUUCCACUACGAUCCAGAAGCGGGAGUAACAUUUGAAGCUUGGUUUGCAAAGUACGAAGACCUUUUUGAAGAGGACGCUCGACAGAAGAUUUCUUCACGUACGCUGGAAUCGUGAACGAGAAGUGUGAAGAGUUCAAGCUACCGGAAAUCACCAAUGAUCAGUUCAAGUGUCUACUUUUCGUGUGCGGCCUGAAUUCAAGCAAAGAUGCGGAUGUCCGGACUUCCUUGCUGUCCAAGAUCGAGAGUACCAAUCCGGCAACCCCGAUGACACUACACUCAUUGGCUGAGGAUUGCCAGCGGCUCCUGAAUCUCAAGAAGGAUACUGCAAUGAUCGAGAAGUCAGGUAACAAGUCCAGUGUUUGCGCCAUCAGGAAUCUUACGAAAAUCAAGACGUCUGGUCAACAACAGCAGCAGAAACCGUCAGAUGUCCCGAACACUCCUUGCUGGCGUUGUGGAGAAAUGCAUAAUUCGAAGAAUUGCAAUUACAUCCAACAUCAGUGCAAGUCAUGCAAGAAAGUCGGACAUAAGGAAGGAUACUGUACCUGUUUCCAAUCAAAGCCGAAGAAGAAGAAUCGAGGUUUUAAGAAUCAGUCAGCGAAGGCUCAAGGAAUCUAUUCCGUCAAUCAGGUGAGUGUUACUGCCAACCGGAAGUUCACCACAGUCGAACUCAAUGGACACGCCGUCAGAAUGCAGCUGGAUAGCGCAGCGGACAUCAGUGUCAUUUCACAAGAAGUUUACAAGCAAAUGGGAUGUCCAGCCGGAAAACAACCAUCAAUCAACGUUGUGAAUGCUUCUGGCGAUGACAUGGGUCUCACUCUGGAGUUGUCGUGCUCAAUCACCUUGAAUGAAGUAUCCAAGCAAGGAAGAUGUUUCGUGUCCAAGGCAGAUGAUCUCAAUUUGUUUGGAGCUGAAUGGAUUGAACUGUUCGGACUUUGGGAUGUACCUUUCAACGCAGUGUGCAACCAAGUAUCGAUGAAGCAUCAUCCGGAAGCUGAGGGCCUGGUCGAUCGUUUGAAAGUCAAGUACAGCAACGUUUUCGAUGAGAGCCUGGGACUUUGUACGAAGAAGCAAGUAUCGCUAACUGUCAAGCCUGGAUCGAAGCCAGUUUUUCGUCAGAAGCGUCCAGUUCAAUAUGCAUCUGUCCAGAAAAUUGAAGAUGAACUGAACCGGCUUCAAGCUUUGGACAUCAUUUCACCAGUGACAUACUCCGAGUGGGCCGCUCCAAUUGUAGCAGUUCGGAAACCGAAUGGCAAGGUCAGAAUCUGUGCAGAUUAUUCCACCGGAUUAAACGAAGCUUUAGAAGCAAAUCAUCAUCCGUUGCCGCUUCCUCAAGACAUAUUUGCAAAAUUGCCUGGGAAGAAAAUAUUUUCGCAAAUAGAUCUUUCGGACGCCUACUUGCAAGUCGAAGUUUCGGAAUCCUCAAGAAAAUUGCUGACCAUCAACACUCACAAAGGUCUUUACCAAUUCAAUCGACUUUCUCCAGGAGUUAAAACCGCACCAGGUGAAUUCCAGCAGAUUGUGGACAGCAUGGUAGCAGAUUUGGAAGACGUAAGCGUUUAUCUUGACGACAUCAUUUUGGCAAGCAAUUCUCUGGAAGAACAUCUUCAGCAGCUGGAACGGUUACUGGCUCGCAUCGAAGAAUACGGAUUUCACCUCAAAAUCGGAAAAAGCAACUUCUUCAUGCAGCAGAUUCAGUACCUCGGAUUGAUUGUAGAUGACCAAGGAAUUCGUCCGGAUCCAGAAAAGAUCAAGGCCAUCGUCAAUAUGCCAGCCCCGCACGAUGUACCAAGUCUACGUUCGUUUCUGGGAGCAGUAAAUUAUUACGGCAAGUUUGUACGAGCAAUACACGAUCUUCGUCAACCAAUGGAUGCUUUGUUGAAAAAGGACGUCAAAUGGAAUUGGAGCCCAGCUUGUCAGAACGCUUUCGAAGAGUUCAAGAGGAUUCUACAAUCAGACCUCCUACUGACGCAUUACAACCCAAACUUGGAGAUGAUAGUAGCAGCCGACGCAUCGCAACAUGGUAUAGGAGCAGUCCUGCUUCACCGAUUUCCAGAUGGGUCUAUCAAGGCUGUAUGUCACGCUUCCCGUACAUUGACUGACGCUGAAAGGAAUUACGCUCAAGGAGAAAAGGAAGGAUUAGCACUGAUAUUUGCCUGCACCAAGUUUCAUCGAAUGAUUUUUGGAAGACAUUUCAUUCUGCAAACGGACCACAAACCACUUCUUGGGAUAUUCGGAUCGAAGAAAGGCAUACCAGUGCAUACUGCCAACAGACUACAGCGUUGGGCACUGACACUGCUGCAGUAUGAUUUCAAGAUCGAAUUCCAGAAGACUGAAAGUUUUGGAUACGCUGAUUUACUCUCUCGCUUGAUUGGACAACAUUCCAAACCCGAUGAAGAUUAUGUGAUUGCCAGUUUGCAAAUGGAAGCAGAUAUUCGCAGUAUUCAAACCGAAGCCGUAUCAGUUCUACCAAUCACCAGUCAAUUGAUUUUGCAAGAAUCAAAAAAGGAUGCCACGUUUCAAGCAGUCCUCAAGCAAGUUCGAGAUAACUGGCCUUCCACGAGACAUUCCAAUGAAGUCGGAUCAUUCUACAAGAGACGUGAAGCGCUGUGUGAAGCGAAUGGAUACCUGAUGUUCAUGGAUCGAAUCGUCAUUCCGAAGUCAUUGCAAUCACCUGUUCUCAAGCAGUUACAUGUUGGUCAUCCUGGAAUGCAAAGAAUGAAAUCUCUGGCAAGAAGUUUUGUGUUUUGGCCAAAUAUGGAUGCAGAUAUUGAAGACUAUGUCCGGAGAUGUUCAAACUGUGCAGCAGCAUCAAAAGCUCCCGUGAAAACAACUCUUUCAUCGUGGCCAAUUCCGUCCAUGCCCUGGUCUCGUCUUCAUGUGGAUUAUGCUGGACCAAUCAAAGGAAAAAUGUUCCUCGUCAUCGUGGACGCGUAUUCAAAAUGGCCAGAAAUUUUUGCAACCAGUAACUCGACCGCAACAAUGACGAUUAAGAAGCUGAAGGAAUGUGUCUCCCGAUUUGGAUGUCCAUUGACCAUUGUAACGGAUAACGGUACCCAGUUUUGCUCUGAAGCAUUUAGCAAGUUUUGCCAGCAGCACGGAAUCGAUCACGUGAAAACUCCACCCUUCCACCCCCAAUCUAAUGGUCAAGCCGAGCGAUUUGUGGAUACACUAAAGAGAGCGCUUUUGAAGAUAGGCGGAGAAGACGUUGAAGAUGCACUGCAGAUUUUCCUUCAGACCUAUCGCUGUACCCCUAAUCCAUCCUUACCGGAUAACCGAUCACCAGCUGAGGUUCUGUUGGGCAGAAAAACCCGAACUGUUUUUGACCUGAUGAAGCCGCCGAUUUCACAACCAACGCAAAUUAAUGAAAGGCAGAAUGAUCAGUUCAACAAACAGUUUGGAGCGAAACAUCGAUCGUUUGAAGCUGGGGAUACAGUUUAUGCUGAAAUUCAUAUUCGGAACGAGCGCUAUUGGGCCAAAGGUAUCGUUAUUGAGCAGAAAGGAAGUGUGGUCUACAAUGUUCUUCUACAAGACGAAAAACGACAAGGGUUGAUAAGAUCGCACACUAACCAAUUACGGAAACGCAAACCGGACGGAAAAUGCGAAGCAUCAGCUGAGCAGCCUCUACCGUUACAAGUUCUGUUGGAGGAAUUUAGCUGUCCGGAUCAUGUUCCAACUGAAGAUAUUGAAAAUCCUGGGAACUCUCAACUGGAUAUUCCCGUAACCGAGCCCGGAAGUUCAAGAGGUAAUACGUGUCCUGAACAGAUGAAAUCAAAUUCUAUCGCCGGAUCAUCGGAGGUUUGUCGUAGUCAGGAUCGGGUUCAAUCAAGAAAACGAACUCUACCUAACCUUCAGGCAGGAAGCGGAGACUUCCUUCACAUUUUGAGUACUACGAGAUUUUCUGAAGGAGGAGAUGUUGGAGCAGUACAAGCAAGCCAUGAUUUUUAGCCUUAAGUUGACACUUGCAAAUAAACUCUAUUCUAAUUUGAA